UUAUGAUCCAGUAAACGUGGGUAAAUGAUUCACAGUUUCUAAGAUAUGGGUUGAUGAGUUGAAGUACUCUUAACAUGAUGGAAGGUCAUCACAAAGUUCCUUUGUUUUGGACAUGUUUCACAUUUACUACAUUCGGUUUCACAUGUAGUUUUGUCUCAAUGGUUAUGCCUUACUGACUGGGGCUCUGGGAGGUGUGUUUUGAAGGCUAUAUGGCGAAGAAAACUGGAAAUUAUAUGUAUUUUGGAUGUUUCUAUUUAUUUGAUACGAAAAUUUUGACUCUGUGGCCGAUCAUAUUCAGAGAUUGGUUUAUUGCCUGUCAAGCUUUUUUUACAUGCAGUUUUGCAACCCAUAUAUUGGCAGAAUGUGUUAUUUUGACUCAAGUUCUCGGCUUGGUCUCCAUUUUUGGGUCACGUGCAGUCUUGUGUAUAAUGGUGACUCUAUCAGUUAACUGUUUUUCAACUUUAGUUAGUUUGAUCACAAUGGGUGUAGGAGUAGACACUGAACAGAAAAUUGAAAAGGCUGCAAAACAUCCUUGGUUAGAAGAUCUUGAUCAGAACUCAUUGUCUUGGUCAUAUGGUAUUGCUGCAAUAUCCCUAUUACCAAGCUGCCUUACAGUUAUAAUUUUAGGAUGGUUUGUUUACCCUAAAAAAUCUCCAUGUGGGCUAUUAAUUAAUUCAGCAUGGAAUUGGCCAACAUUGAAUGAUUUGCAAUGUCGUUAUCAUAUGCAUGAUAUGCAUGUUCCAAAAAUCUGUUCAUCUUCAAAUCCUCAAUCAUCAUGUCAUAAUAUCACUACUAUGUCUACCGAUUAUCCGCAUUCAUUGCGCUCUCGUACAUUAAUCCAAUCCAGUCAGAUUACUGGUGACCAGUUGUCCAAUGAAUUGAAUAAUAAAAUACUUUGUAAACCAACAUUAUUUCACAAGUCGGGUGCUCAGAUAGAAACAUCAAUGAUAACGGCACAAGACCAAAAUUCUAUAUUGUCUGAUAAUUGUGGCAAAUUGAGUAGUUAUGAUCCACGUUCAGCGGAUACAGUAUCACUUUCAUCCUACGAACAACCUCCAUUGAAUUUGUUAUAUAAUCCACAAACUAUAAAUAUGAACCACCAGUUCAAUUCAAUAAUGUAUUCAAAAGAGAAUAAUUUUGUAGAAAAUGACUAUUGUUCUUCUAUUGAUUGCAAAACAAAAUUAAUUCAAUCUAAUUUAUUGUCUACAUUUCAUAAAUUCUCUGCGCCUUUUUUGAAAGAAUCUACAAGUGAACGAAAACAACCACAAUGUAUUACAAAUUCUGAUUCUCAUUCACAUUUAAAAUCGAUUCAUUCAAAUAAAUCAUCCAACCUCCAACAACCUUCAUCUAGUAAUCCAGAUACUUCAAUAUGGACAGAAAAUUCAAUUAUUCAAACUGCCCGUCCAAUGAAAAGAACUAAGCAUAAAAUGAAAACAGAUCAGUUUAUGAAGAAGCUUAUCCCAUCUGAAAAUUUAUUUAAAUUUUCAUCAUCAUUUCCCAACACUAAAAUUGAAAGUCAAUCAAAUACGCUUGUUCAAAAAGCUAAACCAAUGAAUCGAAAGUAAUAAUGAAAAAGGUAAACAAAGAAAGAAAACAACAACAACAACAACCUAUCAUCACAGUAUUGCAUUUAUUUUGAGUAUUUUUUCUUCUCUAAAACUGUGCUCGAACCACAAGAAAUUCCAUUGUUGAAUAUGUCUCUCGAUAUACCUAGUCAAGGUCUUAUUUGCUUUCUCAUUUAACCACACCUAAUAGUAUAGUAGUAACAAAAGAAAAAACACAAGCCUUUUUUGUAGAAUAUAUUCUAUUCAAAAUCACUUUUUUCUAAUACAAUCUUCCCCUUCAAAUUAUAUUCUCCCCCCCCCCUUCCUUUUUUCUCUCUCUAACGAAUGUUUGAAGCAUCUUAUUGUAAAUUGUGCUUUGUUACUUACGUGAUUUUUUUCUGUCUCAAGAAAAUUAAUUCCAUGGUGUUCAUUUAACUUCUUUUUUAGUUUUUUUUUGUGUAAACUAUUUUUGAUUACCCCCCCCCCCGCCGUGCUAUUUUUUAUUUGUUUUGGGAUUCUUUACAUUACCGCUGAUAUUAAACAUGUUUAGAAUUAUCUAUAAAUAAAAUGAAAUAAUGCAUACCGAUAACUCAGGACUUAAAUAUACAACAAAUCAAAAAUUUAUCCCAGUUUUGAUUUAAAAUAGAUAUUAUUAAUCAGGACUCAGUAGCUGAAUGGAUAAUGCGAUGGUGUUUGGAAUGAAUAGUACUGGGUUCGAGUCCCAGGGUGAACAUCAGCUCUGAGAUGCAGGUACAUACAGCUGACGAGUCCCAAAUGGGACGAGACGCGCGUCCUGGAUCCCACUGCUAGCCACUAUCCACCUUUGUUUAUAAAAGCUUGUGAAUUAAGACAAUAUCGAGGCAGACGCACAGUAUGCACAUAUUCCAAUAAAAGACUGAUCAAUCGAAGUCUUAAACCUCAAUGGGAAGAUUCAAGCAAAACAAUACCAUGUGAAUUUAUCAAUCUAGAGUUUGAGAAAAAUGUUAGUUGACCUAAGUUGUAUAUCAGAAUAACGCGAUGUGAUGAAAACAACAAAACAAAUCGAAAUAAUGUAGUAGAAACGAUAAGCAAAUUAAACCUUGAGAAUUUGGUUUGUAAAGACAAAAGGUAUUCAUCAAGGAUAACUAGAAUUGAAAAUCGAGAGGAAUAUGUAUUGGAUGAAUUGGGUAGUUUAUUUAAGUGAUAAGUUUAUAUGAACCUAUAUUUAUUAGAACCGACAGCUGUGUAAAGACAAUAAAAAAUGGGUAUCAUUGACAAUUCUACACAACAUUUGAUAAUGGAUAAUCAAAUCACUAUGGGUAAAAAUAAGACUGCCCCCUUGAACAUGAUAUCUGGUCAAAUGAUAUACUCGAAUCAAUUAACCAGUCAAUGAUCAAGAACCAGGUAUAGGCUUGAACAACAGUUUAUUGAAAAAUAGCUCAAUGCAAUCAACAAAACAAGUUAUUGGAAUAAACGUUU